GGAAGUGAUAUGCGAAGCACCGCCUACGAGCUACCCAGCUGCUGAUCGCAUUUGAUACGAUGGAAUGAUGUAGGUGUCAGCCCAGUGUCAGCCAGCUCAAACUUCAGUCCGGACCAUAUGCAUGGACAAAAACUGCUGACACGAUCGACGUUGCAAAGUCAAGCCCAACGCCUAUUAGCGCGUUUGAUUUCUGGUCGUUCCUAACUCCGACUCCGCACCGCGCUGUUCUCCGAUUCUGCAUCUCAUUCUCUUGACUUGACCUCGUCGACAUCCAGGGUCGACCCACUGGGCACCAUCACUUCGUAUCUUACAGGCGUCUAACUCUGUCUAUUGGCAUCUUUCGCAUUUCACUUUUCGCAUCGCUGUCGUCAAGCAGUAUUCUUCACUUUGCUCUCAUUAUCUGUCGUUCCACCACCAGCUGUUCGCUUGUUUUUUCUGCGCCAUCUUCGCUGUCAUAUUCUAUCCACUUAUCAUACAGCACCUAAACCCACCUGGCCCUGCUCACCAGGAUAUCACAAAGCAACAUCGUCUGCUGUGUCCCAUCUUUUGGAUUAACGAGUUCGUACUUGAACGCGCAAGCCUCUCAGUAGCACCCGAAUGUCUCGCCUCGAUUCUCAUGACUAUAGCUACACUUCCUCCCAAUCCAUGGGCUAUACCCGCGUCGCUCUCGACCGCGAAGGCACGGGUUUAGUCUAUGGAAGCCCAUUCUCAUCAGUUCCAGGCAAUCAGAUGCACGCCGAUCGCAGGAUACCAGUUUCAAGCGGAGCAUUCCAACCUCGCAUGCAUUCUGUGAGCCCCGCUUCCUCUACUCCAAGGUCGAUGAGCAAUGGUAUGCAUGUCAAGGAAUACAAGACUGGAAUGCUAGACGGUUCCUCUGUGCCAAACAGACACACACCCAACCUCUCUUCAACCCAGCUUCAGCAUCUUCUUCCCAACCAUCAUCGUCCCUCUCCUUCCCUCCCUCCCUCCGCUGGUCCCACCCACGGUCACGUCGUGACGCACUCUAGUCCAUCUUUCUACGGCGCUAACGCUACCGACCCCGAACGCGAUACAUACCUCUACCGGCAGGGAAUACACUCGUCCACUAGCAAUCACUCUCCCAACAACAACAACAACAACAACCACAUUAACCUACUCCGCUCUACGCUUUGGUGGGGUGAUCUAGAGCCUUGGAUGGACGAAGAAUACGCAAAGCAAGUCUGCACCCUCAUGAACUGGGACCCGGUCAACAUCAAGGUACCCGCUGGCUCGGACGCCAACGGCCAGCACGCCAACAACCCCGGCUAUUGCUUCCUGACGUUUUCAUCUCCAUCGGUUGCGGCCUCGGUGUUAAACCAAGUCAACAGUGAUGGUGCCCCACAGUCUCCCACUAUGCCUAACUCGACGAAGCCUUUCACCAUGAACUGGGCCACGACCAUGCCUGGCGCAUGUGUCCCCUCUCUACACUCAGCAGCAGGAGUCCCACUCAUUGCGCAGCCCCAACAGUAUCAAAAAGAGUACAGCAUCUUUGUCGGUGAUCUUGCGCCAGAAACGUCCAACUCUGAUCUGGUGGCUGUUUUCCGCAAUCCUGUCCUCGGUCUGCGCAACGACCGAGAGCCGAAGUUCAUCAGGCCCUUCCUCAGUUGCAAAAGUGCGAAGAUCAUGCUCGAUCCUGUAACCGGUGUGUCUAGGGGAUACGGAUUUGUCCGAUUCACUGAUGAGACGGACCAGCAGCGUGCUCUGGUUGAAAUGCAUGGGCUGUAUUGUCUCUCGCGCCCUAUGCGAAUUUCACCUGCAACUGCCAAGUACAAGCCACCACAGGUACAGAUGAAUCUUCCGCAGAUCCAGCUCCCGUCGUCGAGUUCUAUGGACCAGUCUUCAAAUUCUGUCACCGUUGCCAUCCCAGUUGGCGGUAACGGUCAGGCGCACGAUAUCUCCGCUCCUAUACCAGUAUCCGCGCCAAACACGUCCCCUGGAUCCAAUGGCAGUUUCGGUAACUCCGGAUCUGCGUCAGAGAUACAUGCAUCUGGGUCUGUUCCUUCGCUCGGGUCAGGGUCCAGCAACAGCGUUUCGUCUACCAUGACUGCUGUGUCCGAAGACAUGAUGAACCUCUCUCCUGAAAAGCUUGUCCAGCUCGCCCACCAGUACGCCAACUCUGGUGCAGGAGAGAAGGGUCCGAAUGGAAUGGUCAGCUCGAUCACCGCUCCCCUGGCUCACGAUGCUCAAGAGGGCUCUCCUCGUUACAUGAUCUCGGAGGAGUCAUGGAAGCACCACGCGCAGGCUCGCGCUAUCCUCAGUAACUUGAUCGGGCCCAAUGGCGAGCAACUCACCUCGACGGACCCGUACAACACAACAGUGUUUGUCGGUGGUCUCUCGCCUCUCAUUUCGGAGGAGACUCUUAGAACGUUCUUUGCACCAUUUGGUGACAUUCACUACGUCAAGGUUCCCAUCGGCAAGCACUGCGGGUUUGUGCAGUUCGUCAGGAAGGCCGAUGCGGAGCGUGCCAUCGAGAAAAUGCAAGGAUUCCCUAUCGGCGGCAGCCGAAUCCGGCUGAGCUGGGGCCGGAGUCAAUACAAAGCUGCGCAGGCAGCAGCUCAGGCUGCCCAAGCCGCUGCUCUCCAGGCACAGUUUCAGGCACAAAUGGCCUCUGCGCCGGUCAAUCAGAUGUCUUCUGAGCAGGUUGCGCAGAUGCUGCACAAACUUGGCAUUACUGAAGCUAACGGCCAUGAGAAUGCUGCCACGAAUCCGAGCAACUUCCACGAGAACCCCAAAUUGUCCUUUGACAUGUACUCUAAAACAUUAGAAAGUCGCGGUCCUUCGGACCACAUGGCGCACCGCCCGCAGUCUUCCUCGACGUUUUCACCAUUUUCCCCUGACCCGAACCAGUACUUCCCAGAAGUUCGGGGCACGGAUGGCUACCAGGCGAGGCUCUUUGGAUCGUCGUUCGACGAGUCUCACAUAGAAGCCAGGCGUCCCGCGCCUCUUUCAAGAAACCACAGUGCUCAGCGUUUCGGCUCUUUCCUAGACAGCAACUCUGCGCCCUUUGAACCGAGCCGCUCGUCCUCGCGCCAGGAGCCGAUUUCGCGCCCCAAUUCCGGCCCGAGUUUUUCACAGGGCCGGGCCAGCAGAUAUGGUGGUUCGCAAGGGGAUCACGAACAUAUUCAUGACAUGAACGGCACGCUCGCCAGCCUAGAACUAGACCACGCAUGGAAGUCGUCCGCGUUCAACAACAUGGAGUCUCAUGCCUAGACAUCGAUCGCUAUUCUGAAAUAUUACGCAACAUUCGCCCAUCCGCUGACACUCGCACGGCCUUUCCAUCUCGUUUUGCAUCUCUAUCCUCAAUCCUAUUUACCUGCCCCGCACACUUUGCGAGGCAUCCCCAACCACCUAUGAAACCACCGGACUAUCAUCGGCCCUAUAUUCAUUAUCCGAAUUUCGUUUCCUAAUUUUACUCGUAUUUCACAACCUAUACUCUGUUACCCCAUGUCGCUUUCAGCAUGUGUGUUCGCUUAGCUAGUUUUGUCCAAUCUCUCGUACUUCGUCGUUUGUUUUGUCAGGUUCCCCAUCGCCUGUGUGGCUAUACUAUAUAUACUCCCUGUUCUUCACUCUAUCCAAUUCAAGUCUUUGUGUGUCCUCAUUACUUUGUGAAGCUUUAGCUAACUAAAUGUUUUUCUGCCCUGCACGAC